AUGACCUCAGUACCUAAUCAUGACAUCCGCGUCCGCGAAUACACAGCUUUACCCCCUCCGUUCAGUGUAGACACAGCUUUACCCCCUCCGUUCAGUGUAGACACAGCUUUACCCCCUCCGUUCAGUGGAGACACAGCUUUACCCCCUCCGUUCGGUGUAGACACAGCUUUACCCCCUCCGUUCAGUGUAGACACAGCUUUACCCCCUCCGUUCAGUGGAGACACAGCUUUACCCCCUCCGUUCAGUGGAGACACAGCUUUACCCCCUCCGUUCAGUGUAGACACAGCUUUACCCCCUCCGUUCAGUGUAGACACAGCUUUACCCCCUCCGUUCAGUGGAGACACAGCUUUACCCCCUCCGUUCAGUGUAGACACAGCUUUACCCCCUCCGUUCAGUGGAGACACAGCUUUACCCCCUCUGGUCGUUGUAGACACAGCUUUACCCCCUCCGUUCAGUGUAGCCACAGCUUUAGCUCGUAGGUAA